UCAGUUGCUUUUCAAAAACAAAACCCAACGGUUCGAGUUGGUUGAAACAAAAAAAGUGAGAACAAAAAAAAAAUUAUAAACGUUGGAAAAUUACUGAAAAAUAAAUUCAUUUUAUAUAAAAAAAUAAAGAAAAUACUCAACAAAGCAACUAUCCUCACUUCAAUAUAAUAUUUAUAUUUCAUUUGUGUUGUGUUGUAGUUCAGAAUUAAUAAAAAAAAAGCAAUAUCAAAAUGUCCACCCAAAUGAGAAUCAAAUACGACGAGAACAAAGUCGCUGAAAACAAAUUGCUGCCAACUAAAAAAUUUGGAUUACAAAAUGGCCAAGAAACUAAACGAUCGGCUCUUGGAGAGCUGGGGAACCGUGCUGUUCUAAGAACAGUUAGAGAUGGCCAAAAAGAUUUGAAAGAUACGAAAAUUAAUCAAAUUAAUUUGAAAAAUGCUAAACCAAAAGUGGACACAAAUUGGAAAAAACCAGCACAAGUAAUUGCUAACAAUUUGCAGCCUGCUGCUGCUAAAACCAACUCGCUGAAAUCCAACAUUGUCACGCGGUCGAAUUCGAUCAAGUCUUCUUCAGUAACAACGGGACUAUCGAAUGCCGCUACUUUAAAACAACUUCCCAAACCCAACCAAGCAACGACAAUCACCGCGAAAGUAGUGAAAAUUGAAAAUAAUCCUUCUCAUGUUCGAUAUAUCAAUAAACCAAAAAUCGAACCUUCAACCACCAAACAACAGCAACAACAAAUACCAGUUGGGACAACAAUCCGAAGGGAAGAUAGUAAUCUAUCUCGUCGGUCAUUGUCCAAAUUGAAGGCUGCUAUUAAACAGCAAUCUAACAUUAAACCAACUGCUGUUGCUGUUGUUUCUAGUAUAAGGUCAACUCCUGCUCCAGAAUCUGAUGAUAAAAAGGAUGCUGAAGAUGCUAAAUGUAAAUCGAAUGUCAUUGAUGUUCAAUCACAUUCAGCCAAACUUCUUGAUGCGGUGGAAAAUAUCGAUGCGGACGAUACGGAAAACCCAAUUUUGGUUUCAGAAUAUGUCAACGAAAUAUACGCAUAUCUCUUUUACUUGGAAACACAAAUGCCAGUUGGACCAGAUCACUUGAAAGAUCAAAAGGAGGUCAUUCCGAAAAUGCGUGCUAUUCUGAUUGACUGGAUCAACGAAGUACACCACCAAUUCCACUUGGUUCCAGAAACAUUUCACAUGUGUGUAGCAAUAAUCGACCGUUAUUUGCAAGCCGUUAAGACGACAUCUCGUCAACAUCUUCAAAUGGUUGGCGUUACGUCACUCUUCAUCGCCUCAAAAUACGAAGAACUCUUUCCGCCAGCAAUUGGUGAUUUUAUCUACAUUACUGAUGACACAUAUACAAAAAAUCAACUCUUGGACAUGGAAGUUAAAAUUAUGAAAGCACUCGACUUCAAUCUAUCUCGCCCUUUGCCAAUUCACUUCUUGCGCCGUUUCUCGAAAGCAGCCAGUGCCGAAGAUUGUCAUCAUGCUAUGUCCAAGUACUUUUUGGAACUUGUUACAACUGAGUACUCAAUGGCCCAUUAUCGUCCAUCAGAAAUUGCUGCCGCCUCAUUAUAUCUUUCACUGCAGCUGAUGAAUCCAUCGAAAACCCCCACAGAUGAAAUUUGGAAUCCCACUCUUGAAUUCUACUCACGUUACAGUGCGGAACAUUUGAAGCCCAUCACCCGGCAGAUUGCAACGCUUGCCAAAAAUGCAUCCUCUGCAAAACUGAAGGCCGUUUAUGUGAAGUACCAAUCCUUCCAGUUGGGCAAAAUCUCCUUGCGUUCAGAAUUGAAGGGACCCGUGAUAGACGCAAUCAUCGCGAAGGAAUAAAUUUUAGUUUUAAUGUAAUACUUUAAGAUGGCAUCAUUGUGCUCCAAUAUUUUUUUAAACCUUAAUUUAACAGUUAUUUGUUUCUUGUGUUUAAAAAAAAAUUGUAAGUAUUUCAGAAAAACAAAAAAAAAAAUAUUUUGCAGCGUUGAGAGUAAUUAGGUUGAGCAGCAAAGACUCAUUUACUGGAUGCAAAUGAUUAUUCGUCUAUUUGUUGUGCAAAUUAAAAAAAAAUAUAUAUAAUUUAUGUUCCGUAAAUUGUCAAGAAAACAAACUAGAACUGAUGUAAAAUUUAGCAAAUAAGUGGUAUUUUUAAAUUUUAUUUUAUUAUUUCUUUAUUAUUUUUUUUUUUUUUUUCAUUUUAUUUGUAAAUGUUCACUACAUGUUCACAAAUCUUGUGUGUUUUUUUAAUUAUGCCCUUUUAUAUAUAUAUUUGUUUACUAAAGACUUGGUAACCACCUGUUGUGGUCUGUUAAAUAAAACAAACGAAAACAAAAUCUAAAUUCUUUUCGAAAAUUUAUGAUAAAUGCUGCAAUUGAUGGGUGGAGCUUUUCGCUGCAAAAAAAAAAAUUACGAAAAAUCUGUAGUUAGUUAAUUAACUAGAUUACUCAAUGGGCAUAUAAAGCGCAUGCGUGCGCGUAUGUGACCUUUGACAUUCUUUUAAAUUAGUAAUAAUAAAAGAUAACAAUAUGUAUUGUAUGUUUGAUUUCUUUUUAAUAAAGUUUUUAUGUAAAACAAAGAUAGUUUUUCUGUUUGUUUUAUAAGAGAAUUUGGGUUAACAUUGAUGAUUUCUGAUAUGUAAUGAACCACGAAAUCGAAGAUACAAAAACGAAAUUCUUAGCCCGGAAAUCGAUCAUACGGCCUUAUGAAUUCGAUUUUUGUGUUGUAGAUUUGUCGUGAAUUUCG